AUGGCUGACACAGUACGUACCACACUGGGUGCUGAGCUCUGUAACUGGUGUAGAGGGGAAGGAAUUAACUCUACCCAUGCCAUUUUAUUAACCAGAGUGCCAGAAGAAGCUGAUAUUUCACUCAUUGAAGAAACUCUGCAACAGAUUAAAGCGCUUGACAGAGUGCAAGUGAGAGGGAAAACGUAUAAACCUGAACUAGAUUGCAUCAUGGUGUUAUGUGAAUGCCGUGAAAGAGUAGAGUCAGACACAAUUCCUUUUGAUGUGAUUCCAGUGAGUGGAGGUGAUGCUUGGGGCAUAACAACAGCAGGUGAUGAGAGAAAUAUUCCUGAGAGUUUCUCAGAGAAAUUGUCUAAAUUAUUAAGGGAGAAAGGCAAAAUUUUGGAUGAUAUUCAUUCUCCCUUGGCCCCUAACUUAACGUCAGGAAAUAGCCCCAAGUCCAUCAUCAGAGCAGUUGGAGAACUGUUGGAAAGAACAGCAAAACCGUCCACUGAGAGCAGUGCUUACCGACAUCUUAGAACUCUCUCAGGAGUCAGCCCUACUCCUGCUGGAGAUGAGAAUCUGGAGAGUUGGAGUGAAAAAGCCAGGCUCAUGGUAGAAGAGUGUGACUGCUCCAUUAAAGAAAAGAGAAGGAAAAUUGUGGAUAGUCUUAAGGGUCCAGCUUUAGAGCUCAUUCAAGCAGUAAGAUUGACCAACCCAAAUGCAAGUCCUAUGGACUAUAUAGAGGCACUGGAGAGUGCUUUUGGAACAACUGAGUCAGGUGUCUUCUAA